GGCGCGCGCGCGCGAGGGGCGAGCGAGAGCUGCUGAGAACUUGUCCCCUGACCGCAGCGCCAGCGCCACGUCUCCUUCAUCCCGAACCUGCAAAGAAUGGCUGUAAUAUCCGGUUUGCUUUUCACUUCUAAAGAGAACGGUCCAUAUCCGUAGAAGGCAGACGCUGCAGGAGCGCGAAAGGAUAGGCGAGGGCAGCUGAGAACUUGUCCCUGACCGCAGCGCCCGCCCUAGGUUACCAUGGCAUCUGGACUCACCAUGGAAGCCCCCAUUUGCCUGAUAAAAAACAAGGAAGAGGAGCUGGUGGUGAAUCCAGAAGCACUAGAGAUUCUUGACAAGAUAUCUCAGCCUGUGGUGGUGGUGGGCAUUGCAGGGCUGUCUCGGACAGGAAAAUCCUACCUGAUGAACCGCCUGGCAGGACAGAACCAUGGUUUCCGCAUGAACGCCACAGUGAGAUCUGAAACCAAGGGCAUCUGGAUGUGGUGUGUGCCCCACUCCUCCAAGAAGAACCACAUCCUUGUCCUUCUGGACACUGAGGGCCUGGGGGAUGUGAAAAAGGUCAACCCUAAGAAUGACUCAUGGAUCUUUGCCCUGACUGUGCUUCUGAGCAGCACCUUGAUCUAUAACAGCAUAGGCACCAUCAACCACCAGGCCCUGGAGCAGCUGCACUACGUGGCUGAACUAACGCAGCUCAUCAGGGCAAAAUCCUCAACACCUGAUGAAGUAGAGGACUCCACCGAGUUUGUGAGUUUCUUUCCAGACUUUGUUUGGACUGUCCGGGAUUUCACUCUGCAGUUGAAGAUAGAUGAAUCCUCAAUCACUGAAGAUGAGUACCUGGAGGAUGCCUUGAAGCUAAUUCCAGGCACAAAUCCCAAAAUCCAAAAUUCCAACAUUCCCAGAGAGUGUAUCAGACAGUUCUUUCCAAAACGGAAGUGCUUCAUCUUUGACCGGCCUACAAAUGACAAAAAUCUCUUAGCCCAUAUUGAGAACGUGCCAGAAGACCAGCUGGACAGUAGUUUCCGGGAGCAAUCAAACAAAUUCUGCACCUAUAUUUUCACUCAUACAAAGACCAAGACCCUACGAGAGGGAAUCAUUGUCACUGGGAACCGGCUGGGGACUCUGUUGAAAGCCUAUGUGGAUGCCAUCAAGACAGGAGAAGUUCCUUGCUUGGAGAACGUGGUGACAGCUCUUGCCCAGCGUGAGAACUCAGUGGCCGUGCAGAAGGCAGCCGACCACUACAGCGAGCAGAUGGCCCAACGAGUAAGCUUCCCCACAGACACGCUCCAGGAGCUGCUGGAUGUGCAUACAGACUGCGAGAGGGAAGCCAUUGCAGUCUUCAUGGAGCAUUCCUUUAAGGAUGACAAGCGGUCUUUCCAGAAAAAGCUUGUGGACACCAUAGAGAAAAAGAAGGAUGAUUUCUUGAUGCAAAAUGAAGAUGUAUCUUUCAAAUAUUGUCAGGCUGCAAUGGAGCAGCUUUCAGAGCCUCUGAAGGAAAGCAUUUCAAAAGGAACUUUCUCUGUUUCUGGAGGAUAUGAUUUGUACUUAAAAGCAAAGAGAAAUGUUGAACUUGGUUAUAAAGAGGUGCACAGGAAAGGAGUUAAGGCAAAUGAGAUCCUCCAGAACUUCCUACAGUCACAGGCAGCAGUAGAGGAAUCCAUCAUGCAUUUAGACAAAGCCCUCACUGCUGGGGACAUGGCCAAAGCAGUGGAGCAGGCCAAAAGGGAGGCCUCUGAGAAGGAACAGGAGCAGCUAAAACAGAAAGAAAAUGAACAAAAGCAAAAAAUGGAGGCUCAAGAGAGGAGCCUCAAGGAAAACCUAAGCCAGCUGGAAGAGAAGAUAAAGAAGGAAAAAGAAAACACUCAGGAAAUGCUGGAAAGGAUGUUGAAACAUUAUCUGAAGGUCCAAGAAGAAUUGCUUAAUGAAAGAUUUGGAAAGAAAUCCGAGGAGUUGAAUAAGGAGAUAAAUCGGCUACAAGAAGAGAUUGAAAGAAACAAAAAAACUGAUCCGUUAUUGAUUUCAAAGGCGAUUGAUGUGGCUGGGAAUGUAUUAAUUGUGGCACUACCUGAAAUUUUUAGGCUAGUCCGUCAAGGGAGGAAAAUUCUCAAUGAAAACAAUUAAAUAAGCUUAGAUGUCUUGUUAAGGAUACUAUAAAAUGAGGCUUCUUUUGUUUUAGUAGUGUAAUACUGUGUUUAUUUUUGAAAUACAUGUGUCAUGCCACUUUCAUACAACAAAAGUUUAAAAAUAAAAAGUGAUUGCAAAAAAACAUCA